ACUAAUCUGAAGUUCAGUGGCUGGUUUAGUCAGUGAUGGAGACAUGGUGCCUCAUAAUAUAUGUUACAGUAAUGAUGACAGUAUCAGUAUCUCCAACAAAAGAUGGUCAUCCUGGUUUCUGGCCAGCAGAAAUUUUUGGAAGCCUCACUGUGAAAGCUGGGGAAGAUCUGCUGUUAAAGUGCAGCAUCUUUGACAGAACUAAAUCAAGUAACAUUCUCAACAUGUACCUGUUUAAAAAUGGUGUUGCAGUGAGAAUGGAGCUAUUUGCACAGAAAGAUGAGCACACCUUCAUUUUGAGAAAUGUUUCAGUGCUGGACUCAGGAAACUACAGUUGUGUGUACUCAUGGAACAAAUUUCCCCUGAAAAACAUGAGCGCAUCAGCACUAAAACUAGGACAAAAAUCAAUCCACGUCCAGGUCACUGUGGGAGAACAUCCUCAGAAGAACAUGAGCACAAAUGAACAAAACGAUGGCCAAGCCCAGUUCAGUGUUCCUCUGGAAAACCUGUUGAUUCUACUUCUUGUUUUGUUCCUGGCUGUGAUAUUUUUUCUUGGAAUGUACCGAAUUACAGCCAAAAUAUUUACAAAGUUGUGCCACAACCAAGAACAAAGGUAUAUUAAACAUGUAAUUAGCAGAAUAACUGAUGCUGGAGUGGAGCUGAGUGAUGAAUAGUUUUCAUGCUGAAAUCAAGAAUGUCGUUUUAACAACUUUUAAGAGAGCAGAUUCAGCCUAAUGGAAACAAAUGUGUGUGUAUUGUCAAUACCCACUGACAAUACAACCACAAUUACUGGUCAGCAGUCUGGCUUUAUCUUUCAAAUCAUUAAAACAAACAAACAAACAAACAAACAAUACUAAAAAGUCCUGAUCCUGAAUGCUCUGUUCUACUUAUCAUCAAUUCAUACUAACAAUGCAAAAGCAUAACUGUCAGACAAUUUGCACUCACGCUAAUAGCAUUAGCUAUUGUGACAAAUAAGGAAAUUCUCAUCUUGUAACAAACA